AUGUCUUUAAAUAAACUAAUUGGAGGAGAUUGUGGAGGUAAUAAUUCGCUCGUUCAACUUACUAAUAUUGUAAGUCGUGAUGCACCAAUUACGCAGAACCUCUCUCAAGCUGAUCGAUUUGUCAAUGAGUUUAUGUCACAAAAUUCUCAACACCCACAAACCUUUAAUAUGAACGCUUUACUGAACAAUAUGCCUGAAGUAGAAAAAACAAUUCCUCAAGCUGGGCAACUGCCUUCAACAAGUCAGAUACCUCAUGUAAGUUCACAAAGACAUGCUCCUUGGUUAGCUGGACCAUCAACAUCAUUCAUGCCGGCUUCAAUGAGAUCAUUUAAUAUGCCUUACGCACCUUCAUUUCAACCACAAACUUCUUCUAAUGUUCAAAUUCAAUAUAUGAACGAGUCUGACUUAGAGAACACAUCAGAUACUAAUGUUAAAGCAAAAGCACAAGAGUAUGUAAAUAGUGUAAAACAAGAUGAUGAAGUCGCUUACAAUGAAUUUAUGUCCUUUAUGAAGAGGAUAAGUGCUGGUGAAUUAAAUUUAGGUGAAGCAGUUGAAGGGGAGCAGAAAAAAAUGACUAAAGAUGAAAUAGUAGAAGAGAUGGCUGAAAAAUAUAAAGAUGAAUGGGCUAAACUUAGUAACAUUGAUGAAUAUUGGGACACUGAAACUGCUAAUGGUAUCGCAAAGGAAUAUUCUUUUACAGAAGGAAAUAUUAUGUUAGAAAAUAAAAGUGCUUUAGAAAUUGGGAAAGAAAAAUUAAAAGUGGGAGACAUUCCAGGUGCUGUGCUUUGUUUUGAAGCAGCAGUACAACAAACGCCUGAUUCAGCAGAGGCUUGGUUCCUUUUAGGAAGUACACAAGCAGAAAACGAACAAGAUCCUCUAGCAAUAACUGCAUUAAAGAAAUCUCUAGAAUUAGAUCCUAGGCAAUUAGAAGGUUAUAUUACAUUAGCAGCAGCUUAUACCAAUGAAAAUAUGUCCAAAUAUGCAUACUUAUCAUUAAUAGACUGGUUAAAGGCUAGUCCAAAAUACAGUGAUAUGUUUCCUCAAGAUAUCAAUGUUCAAAAGAUGAAUCUUAAGGAACUUGAAGCAUAUGUGACAUCUUUUUACCUAAAAGCAGCACAGCUUAAUCCUUCUCAAGUUGAUCCUGAUAUUCAGAAUGCAUUAGGUGUUAUUUUUAAUAUAAACCAGCAAUAUGACAAGGCAAUUGAUUGCUUUAAGGCAGCAUUAAUGGUGUCACCAGACAAUGCUAAACUAUGGAACAGGCUUGGAGCCACACUGGCUAAUAGCGACAGAUCAGUUGAAGCAGUUGAUGCAUACCAACAAGCACUAAAUUUAGAACCUGGUUAUAUCAGAGCUAGAUUUAAUGUUGGCAUUACAUGUAUGAAUUUAUCAGCUCACAAACAAGCAGGAGAACACUUUUUGGUUGCAUUAAACCAGCAAUAUAAGGCUAAAAGCAUGUUUCCAGGCACAACGUUGGCUGAUCCUAGUUCUUCAACAAUUUGGACAACAUUGAGGAUGGUCUGCUCUUAUAUGGGGGAGCAUGACAUUGCCAAACUAGUUGAUGAAAAAAAUUUAAGUGAACUCAAUAAAUUCUUUGAAAUUGAUGCU